AUGGAGGUGGAUUCGAUAACUCAGCCAACUGAUACGAAUGCUCAAACUGUCUCCGAAACCAUGGAGGAGGUGGACAGUGUGGAUGCGUUCGUGGCCACACCUUCACCGUCUAAAAAUGCAGCUAUACCUCCAAAUAACGAUGCUUUACCUAAUCAAAACGACAGUGGAGUCUUGCGAACGAUGGAUAACAUUCAGAAGCCUCCGCUGAUGAAAAGCCCUAAUGUAUCCUUAAUGUCGGCUAAGAGCGUGGAUGUAAGUAUGGAGUCAAAUUCGUUGUCGAGGAUGGCGGAGAUGGAGCUGAUCGUGAAUAAAUCACCGAUGAGUGAGAGAAUUCGUCCUGGAGCACCAGUAGAACUCGUCAAAAAUGCGAAGAGGAGAAAGCUUUCUGAGCCGAGGCACAAGAAUUCAAUACCUAAAUUUCAACGAUGCCCGGUGAGUUUUUAAUUUUAUUUUAUUCUGAUUUUAGGUAUAAAAACAUCAGAAAAGCCUGAAAAUUGGUGUUCCUUGAUGUUUUGUAAAAUGAAAGUUUCUUUUUGCUUUUUUAUCAAACUGUGACGUUAGAGAGCUUAAAAAACGAUUUUUUUAAAUUUAUUUUUUAAAAUUUUUAAAAUAGCUUUUAAAUUCUGUGAAUUUCAAUUUCAUGUUAGUUCUAAACAAAAGUGAUUAUUUAUAUUGUUUUAGCAAGACUCAUCAAUUCACAGUUGGCUCAGAGGUGUCAAAGAAGCUUCAGAAUCUAAUCAAAGUGCGAGUAAUGUAGGUUAUUUAAAGCUUUAUUAUUUUUUGGCAAUUUAUAUAACUUUAGACAGAAUACUGAGCAGUUGAGCUACUUCAUAAAAAGAAUAUUGUUCUUAAUUUAUGCAAAAGGUAAUAUUAUCUUUAAAAAAGUUUACAAAGGUGUUUUCAGCUUGAUUUAGCAGUUCCACAACAACAUCCUUCAGAUUCUGAUCCGUCUAACGGAUCUAAUAAUGAUGUUCAAAGUGUGGCUUGUUCGAGUAAUGCCGCUAAUACCUCGACUUCGACUCUGAAACCUUCAACAACUCCAAGAGCCGAACAGAAUAACGGGACGAAGGGUAAGUUAUUUAUAUUUUUUGUUGUUCUUUUAGGAAGAUUUGGUUAUCUUUGGCUUUUGUACGGGACAAACUAUUGCUUUUUGUGGCAUAGUGCCAUUUAUGAAUUGAGCUUUAACCUUAAAGAAAACUCUUGUCAUUUCAUGCUUUUUCAGAAAACAUAAGAGCAAGAGAAAACUCAAACCCCUUACAUCUUAAUCCACCCUUUGCCGACAAGCACUACAAAGACCUACUGGCCGAAAACCAGACGCUACGACAAGAAAACUUGUUGUUAUUGGAUAAAAUACAAGCAGACGAACAAAAUAAAGCAAAGUACAAAGAAAUGAUCAGGCAUCUGUUGAUAGAGAAAGGAAUCAGAGACAGAAAUCAGGCUAGAUUAGAUGUUCAAGCCAAUAUUAAUCGAUUGGGGUCAUUCCAGCUGACUCGAGUUAAUGAUAAGUUUGAGGAACGGUGGAAGAACGGUACGGCGACUGAUGAGAAUAGGGCAAAGUUCUCUACGAACGCUGAGCAGAGGGAAAGGUUGAAUUCGCUUUUGGAGCAGUUGAAGAAGAAGAAAAGGGUUAAAAAGUAAGAUUUUGCGGAUUUUUUAAAAUUUUUUGUGGGCUUUAAUGGUUGAUAUAAGGUUUUUUGAUACUUAGAUUAAUAUUUUUAUAUUUUGAUAUCUAAAGUACUAUUUUAAUACUUAAAUUACUAUUUUUUUAGAGCAAACGACUCAGACUCUCGAAACUCAAGCUCAAAUCAGAUGGACGACGGUUUCCUAAGGCCAGAAGAGCCAAACACACCACAAGAUAUAUACGAAAGAGAAGAGAUAAUCAAGCUACAACGAGACCAACUCAAAAAAGAAGAGCUAGAACUAAUGGCGGAGAGGGAGAAGAUCGAAAGAGACAAGAAUUUGCACGUUAAAGAACACAAACGAAUCCAGUACGAAGAUGUCAGUUUAUACCGGAACUUUGUCGUUUUCUCACAACGAUACCUACUCUUAACGUUACUGGGCAAAGGCGGAUUCAGCGAAGUCUGGCAAGCGUACGAUAUGAACACGAAUCAGUACGUAGCGUGCAAGAUUCAUCAUGUUAACAAAGACUGGAAGGAAGAAAAGAAGGCCAAUUAUGUUAAGCAUGCGAUGAGGGAAAAGGACAUUCAUAUGACAUUGGAUCAUCCAAGGAUUGUUAAACUGUAUAAUGUAUUCCACAUUGAUGAUCACUCGUUCUGCACGGUACUGGAAUACUGUGGAGGCAAUGACUUGGAUAUCUAUUUGAAACAGAACAAAAUGAUCCCGGAAAAGGAGGCUAGAUGCAUUAUUAUGCAGGUAAGGAGUGGGGAAGAGAGGGUUAGUUAGAAUUAAUAAAAAAAUUUUUGAAAUUUAAUUUUUUUUCUACGAUGCAGUACUGAAAAAAGUUUUUUUAAUUUUAUGUUGUUUUCAGCUUUGUAAAGAAAGUUCUUUUUAUUUUAUUAUCUAAAAUUACAUUUUCUAGGUAGUAAGUGCCCUGAAAUACCUGUCCGAACACGAUCCUCAAGUAAUUCACUACGAUCUCAAACCAGCCAAUAUUCUUCUUCAAAACGGGAACGGCUCAGGCACAGUCAAAAUCACGGACUUUGGCCUCUCGAAGACGUUGGAAGAUUCGGAAGACGGCCACAGUAUCGAGCUGACUUCACAAGGAGCCGGAACAUAUUGGUACCUCCCACCAGAAACCUUUCAACACUUUUCUCACGGUGCAGCCCCCCGAAUCAGCAACAAGGUGGACGUGUGGUCGGUCGGCGUCAUCUUUUUCCAAUGUCUAUAUGCCCGACGACCGUUUGGCCACGAGCACAGUCAACAACAAAUCCUACAGGAACGUAUCAUCUUGAACGCCAGGAAUGUCGAGUUCCCAGCGUACCCAAAAGUCAGUCAAGGAGCUCAAGACUUCAUCAGAGCCUGUCUCGAAUACAACAAGGAUCAGCGCGUGGACGUGACCGGACUAGCCAAUCAUCCCUAUCUGAAACCUCGGUCCUAUACUCCAAGGAAUAGUAAUGUAUAA